CUCUAAUAUAUAUUUGUGUGUGUGACAAAAUCAUGGCCCUUUACCCUAGUUGGAGUUGGAGGGCUGUCGUUGCUUCUUUCUGCUUUUGCUUUCUUUCUUUAUUUUCUCUUUCAUCUUUUGGACGACCAGCCACUUUUCUUCAGGACUUCCGAGUCACAUGGUCUGAUUCUCAUAUCAGGCAAAUCGAUGGAGGGAGGGCCAUCCAACUCGUUCUUGACCAAAAUUCUGGAUGUGGGUUUGCCUCCAAACAGAAGUACUUGUUUGGGCGUGUGAGCAUGAAGAUCAAGCUCAUCCCUGGAGACUCUGCUGGAACUGUCACUGCUUUUUAUAUGAACUCUGACACCGAUACAGUUCGUGACGAGCUAGAUUUUGAAUUCUUGGGGAACCGGACUGGACAGCCUUAUACAGUCCAAACCAAUAUCUAUGCUCAUGGGAAGGGUGAUAGGGAGCAAAGGGUUAACCUCUGGUUUGACCCUGCUGCUGAUUUCCACACUUACACAAUCCUCUGGAAUCAUCACCAUAUUGUCUUCUAUGUGGAUGAUAUGCCUAUAAGGGUGUACAAGAACAAUGAAGCCAAAGGAGUCCCAUACCCAAAGCUCCAACCUAUGGGAGUGUUUUCGACGUUGUGGGAAGCUGAUGAUUGGGCUACUAGAGGAGGACUUGAGAAGAUAAACUGGAGCAAAGCUCCUUUCUUUUCAUAUUACAAGGAUUUUGACAUUGAGGGAUGCAGUGUGCCAGGACCAGCCUCUUGUGCCUCAAGCACCAAUAACUGGUGGGAAGGCGCUUCCUACCAAGCCCUCAGCGCCCUCGAUUAUCGAAGAUACAGGUGGGUUCGUAUCAACCACAUGAUCUACGACUACUGCACCGACAGAUCCCGGUACCCAGUAGCCCCACCGGAGUGCACCGCCGGCUUCUAAGUUGCCUCCAUUUGCCAAAAAGUAUAAAGGGUAUAUGGGGAAAUAUGGGAAAUUCUUGUUCAUAUCUAAGCCUGUGUUUAUGGAUGGAAGGAUAAGUCUGUUUUAGAAGGGAGCAAAUGUCGAUAUCUAUUAGUGGCUGUAUGUGUGUAUCCAGCUCGCAUUAUUGUACCAAUAAAAGCUCCUGCUUUAUAGUGAAAAGGAUAUGUGCUUGAUUUGAACCCUU